AACAGAGAUGGCCGUUACAUAAUAAUCUAGAGCUUAUUUCACUCAUGAAGUCUGAAACAACGUCAUGUUAUCAAAUGGAAGCAUUAGAACCGUUGAUCCCGUACAUCACUACUCCUCCCUUAUUGAGGAAUGCAUCACAAGCAAACAUCUCAAGCUGGGAAAGCUCCUACACUCACGUCUGAUCAAAAUCGCUUUCAAUCUCAACGUUUUCCUCUGCAACCGUCUUGUGGACAUGUACUCCAAAUGCAGUUAUCUGGAAAGCGCUCAAAAGGUUUUCGACGAUAUACCCACUAAAAAUACGCACUCAUGGAACACAAUCCUUUCGGCAUAUACUCGAUCGGGUCUUCUCAAUAAAGCUCAGAGUUUGUUUGCUGAAAUGCCCAAACCAAAUCUUGUUAGCUAUAAUUCGAUGAUUUCAGGGUUGAGUCACUACGGGUUUCACAAAGAAGCAAUCCGAGUGUUCAAGAAAUUACAAGCAGAGUACAAUGGUGUGUUGAUUGAUAAGUUCACUUUUGUCAGCAUAGCAAGUACUUGUGCCAGCUUGGGAUGGCUAGAAUUGUUGCGUCAGAUACAUGGAGUAUUAGUUGUGGUUGGCAUGGAGUUGAAUCUCAUAAUGUAUAAUGCUUUAAUUGAUGCUUAUGGAAAAUGUGGUGAUCCAGAUGCUGCCUACUGGCUUUUUAAUCAAAUGGAUGAAAGGGAUGUCAUCUCAUGGACUGCAAUGGUGGUUGCCUUGUCACGGGCAUCAAGAUUGGAAAAAGCCUGUUUGAUAUUUGAUCAGAUGCCAGUCAAGAAUGAUGUCUCUUGGACUGCUUUGAUUGCAGGGUAUGCACAAAAUGGUCAUAGCAACGAGGCAUUGUAUCUCUUUGAGCAGAUGCAGCAUGAGGGAAUCCCACCUAGCGCUUUCACAUUUGUUAGUGUUCUAAGUGCUUGUGCAGAUCUGGCACUCAUUGAACGGGGGAAACAGCUUCACGGGCACAUUAUCAGAAGUAGUGGUAGAAUUGAGUUGUUCAAUGUGUUUUUAUUUAAUGCUUUGAUAGAUAUGUAUGCCAAGUGUGGUGACAUGAAAUCGGCAAAAAUGUUGUUUGAGAGGAUUCCUGAGAAGGAUAUUGUCUCUUGGAACUCACUGGUAACUGGAUUCGCUCAUAAUGGGUACGGGAAAGAAUCAAUCGAUGCUUUCAAUAAGAUGAUGGAAGAAGGUGUUGCUCCAAACCAUGUAACAUUUCUUGGGGUAUUAUCUGCUUGUAGCCAUUCAGGUUUACUAUCUCAGGGACACUGGAUUUUAGAGUCUAUGGAGAGGGAACAUGGUGUAUGCCCAAGGGCAGAGCACUAUGCAAUAGUGAUUGAUGCUCUUGGACGAAUGAACAAACUUGACCUAGCAAUGCAGUUGAUCAAGAAAGCACCUCUUGGACCACAUUGUGUUGGGAUGUGGGGUGCACUUCUUGGUGCCUGCAGGGUCCAUGCGAACUUGGAUCUUGCAAGAAAGGCUGCAGAAGCUCUCUUUGAAUUAGAACCUGGGAAUGCUGCAAGAUAUGUUAUGCUCUCAAAUAUCUAUGCAGCUGCAGGUAGAUGGGAUGAUGCCCGUCAAAUGAGGAGGCUCAUGAAGGAAAGGGGCUUGAAAAAAGAAGCAGCUUACAGUUUGAUUGAGGUGAGGAAUGAGAGAUAUGGGUUUGUAGCUGAAGAUAAAUCUCACUGUCAGACAGAAGAAAUAUAUGAUGUCAUUGCUAAAAUCUCUGAUCAAAUGAAGGAAGAUGGCUAUAAACCCCACAACAGCCUCACAUUUCUUAUAGAGGAAGAGUGAUAUACUGUUCACAGGCCCAUGUAAAUGUGCAUUGAUGGAGCUCUUUUGUUCAAUCUAACUGUAACCAGGAUUCUUUCUGAUUCUCCUAUGUUGCAUGGUCUUUCGAACUUGUGCUAAUCUCUCCAAGCCCCCACGAGUGUCAUACAUGCUAGAUAAUUGCACAUAAGCAGUUGAAUGCCGAGGAUCAAGCUCAAAUAAUACUUGCUCUCACCUUCCUUCUGGGGGUCUCAUUUCUAUGAGCCAAAGACCCCUUUAAAAACUGGGGAUACAUGCUUGCAUAUGUGGAUCUGCCUCAACAGCAUUGAUGAGAUCCAUUAUCCAUUGCCAUUUCAAGAAAAGCAGCAUGGGCAAACAGAUCACCCAUGCACAAGUAAUGCUAAAGUUGUCUCAAUAUGACUUGGUUCGUUGGAUAUAGCCACCUUUCUCUCAUUGUCCAGUCAAUGGUGGUUGCAGGCAGACAAUACAGCAGUAAAAUUGGGAUUAGCACGUUCAUAUCUCCAAUUUUACCACACUUGCAAUAGAGAUCGACUAAGGAGAUGCAGAAUAUUUGAUCAGACUCAAGGCCAGUGACAGUAACUCAAGCAAAGAUUUGUUUUGCCAAGUUGCAGGGAAGGAAUUUAGCACCAUCACUAAUUACACCAGCCAGACUAACCUCACCCAUUCUAAAAUCCAGAUUAUUCAUCAUGCAGAAAAGGAGGAGGAGAACCAUUCUGACUAUAACCCACUAUCUUCAACUUCCAUGAGAUCAGGAUCCUACUUGGCAUUGUAUCAAAUAAAUACUUAUUUUGUGUCUUGUAUUCUUCCACAGUUGGAGUAGACAUUGAUCAUACAACUAAGCAAAAUCAUGUCAUAAUCUUUGAGGUCACCAAAAAUUUUCAGGCAUUACUGAAUCUCUGCACUUGGUGCACAUAUCAACAAGAAGAUUGGCAACAGUAAUGCACAGCUUUGUAAGCAUAAAUAUGCAUUUGAUUACCAGUUUUAAGAAAAUACAUGCUAGUACAGGCACUCAAAAACACUCGCAAUAGUAGAGAUGUCUGCUCAAAUUCUUUCUAUUUGCAUCCUUUUGAAGAAUUCCAGUGCUUCCCCAGCUUCAUUAUUGGCAACAUAUCUGGCAAACAUGUACUUCAUAUAAAACAACACAUGAGCUACUUCUGUCAAGGAUUGUUCCUGCAUCAAUCAAUUGACCACAGUUUGUAUAUCCCCAAAUUGAUGCAAACAGGAAAUAACCAUUAGGUUCCUGCAAUGAAUUUAAAAUGUGGCUUGCACUAUCCAAAUCUCCACACUUCCCAUACAUGUUAACAAUAGAACUUCCACCAUUCCAUGCACCAUUUCAAAAUACACUCCACUAAAAAUUAUCCGGGAUUGGAUUUGUUUGCCAAAAUAAUUGAGACAAGCACUCUGAACCCUUAAAGGCCAGAGCAACUUCAGGA